AUGUCAGCCACGCUGGAUCUGAAAUCCAAGGAGGAGAAGGAUGCUGAAUUGGACAAGAGGAUUGAGGCUCUUCGACGGAAGAAUGAGGCCCUCAUCCGGCGCUACCAGGAGAUUGAGGAGGAUCGGAAAAAAGCUGAACUGGAGGGCGUGGCCGUGACAGCUCCCCGGAAGGGCCGCUCGCUGGAGAAGGAGAAUGUGGCCGUGGACGUGGAAAAGAACCAGGGUCCUUUCCGGAGGGCUCCUGGGACGCCACGGCCCCCGGGGACCAGCAGGGGAGGAGGCCGGACGCCCCCCCAGCAGGGAGGCCGGGCAGGCGUGGGCCGGGCCUCCCGCUCCUGGGAAGACGGUCCUGGGGAGCAGCCUCGGGGAGGAGCUGGCAGCCGCGGCCGGAGGGGCCGGGGCAGAGGGUCCCCUCAUCUCUCUGGAGCCGGAGAGACCUCCGCUGCCGACCGCAAGUCCAAGGAGUGGGAGGAGCGGCGCAAGCAGAACAUCGAGAAGAUGAACGAAGAGAUGGAGAAGAUUGCGGAGUAUGAGCGCAACCAGCGGGAGGGCGUGCUGGAGCCCAACCCGGUGCGGAACUUCCUGGACGACCCCCGGCGGCGCGGCGGGCCCCUGGAGGAGCCGGAGCGGGACCGCCGGGAGGGCAGCCGCAGGCACGGGCGCAACUGGGGCGGCUCGGACUUCGAGCGCGUGCGCUGCGGCCUGGAGCAGGAGCGGCAGGGCCGCCGGGCUGGCCUGGGCGGUGCCAGUGACAUGACGCUCUCCAUGACGGGCCGGGAGCGGUCAGAGUACCUGCGCUGGAAGCAGGAGCGGGAGAAGAUCGACCAGGAGCGGCUGCAGAGGCACCGCAAGCCCACCGGCCAGUGGCGGCGCGAGUGGGACGCCGAGAAGACGGAUGGGAUGUUCAAGGAUGGCCCCACGGCUGCCCUGGAGCCAUCUCACCGAUAUGAUGAGCAGGCCUGGGCCCGGCCCCCCAAGCCCCCCACUUUCAGGGAGUCCCUGUCCCAGCACAAAGCGGAGGUCAGCCGCAGGAAGAGGAAGGGCAGCCGCCCCCAGGCCAAGGCAGCCGCCCGUGCCUACAGUGACCACGAUGACCGCUGGGAGACGAAGGAGGCGGAGUCCCCAGCCCCCGAGGCCUCACAGCCAGCUCCCCGCGAGGAGACGCCCGCACAGCUGCCCGAGACCCCAGCCCCUGCUCACCGGCCUCCUGAGGACCAGGGGGAGGAGGACCAGGGGGAGGAAGAUGAAGAGGAGGACGACGAAGGGGAGGAUGAGGAAUGGGAAGAUGUGAGUGAGGGCGAGGAGGAGAUUGAAGAGGAAGAAGAGGCUGAUGACGAAGAGGAGGAGGAGGAGGAAGAAGAGGAAGAAGAGGAGGAGGGACCAGCCCAAGACCACCGGCCCCAAGAAUCUGAGCCCACGGGGAGCGCCGGCAGUGAGCAGGCCAACAAAGAGCCCUCCAGCCCCGAGCAGCCCCUGCCACGCCCCCAGUCCCCCGCCACACCGUCCAGCCCCUUCUCCCCCGCUGGGGGCCACCAGCCUGUGUCUGACUGGGGCGAAGAGAUGGAGCUGAACUCUCCCCGGACCAGCCACCCGGCUGAUGCCCUCUCUCCGGGAGGUGACCAGCCGGCCCCUGCCUCCUUGGGGAGCGGGCCCAGCCUCCGAGGAACCCGGAAAGCUGAAGAGGAGGGCUCCGAGGCCGCUCCAGAGGUGGGCCCCGAGGGCCAGGAGACCGCGGAGAUCACCAACUUCCAGAGGGCCUCCCCGAAUUCCUGA